AUGGCUGACCAAGGCUACGGCCAAUUCCCGCCGCAGCAGUACGGUCAACAACCACCGUAUCCUGAUCCUGCCACCGCCGGCACGCCUCCCCCCGCCCAGGCCACACAAGCUCCCGGAGCAGAAGGAGCAGCAGGAAAGAAGAAGAAGCGAGGUUAUGCGACCCAGGCUUUCGAGUUUGGUGCCGGUGGAAAUGCCGCCAUUGGAGGCCAGACAACGGGCGGUAUGCCUCCGCCCCCUGGUGUAGGCGGCGCAGUACCAGCAGCUGCCGGCUACCCAGGUCAACCAGAGUUCCAGGCUGGAUAUGCCGGCUCUCCUGCUCCGGCCUACGGUGGUGCGCCGGCAGCACCCGGCUACGGCGCUCCUGCAGCCGCUGCUCCUGGUGUUGGUGGUUACCAAGCUCCAGAUGCCUACUAUCAAGGAGGAGCUGGGACUCCUGGAGCUCCCCAGGGCGUCGCUGGCAUUACCGCUGGUAUGGCGGGCAUGAACGUGGGAGCACAGCCUGCCCAGCAAGCUGGACAACAGUCGCGACUCGCUCUGAACCAGCUAUACCCUACUGAUCUGUUGAACCAACCCUUCAACGUCUCCGAGCUCGACCUACCGCCGCCCCCUUGCAUUCUCCCACCAAAUUCCAGUGUUACGCAGUCUCCCACUGCAAACUGCCCGCCAAAGUACAUGCGAUCUACACUCAACGCAAUUCCCACACAGAACUCCCUUCUGAAGAAGUCAAAGCUGCCUUUCGCUCUCGUCAUUCAGCCCUAUGCGGCCUUGCAUGACAUUGAUGACGACGUUCCAGUUGUACAGGACCAGGUCAUCGCUCGAUGCCGCAGGUGCAGGACCUACAUCAACCCCUAUGUUGUCUUCUUGGACCAGGGCCACAGAUGGCGUUGCAACAUGUGCAACCUGACCAACGAUGUUCCCCAGGCCUUUGAUUGGGAUGCAGCUGCACAAAAGAGUGUCAACCGCUGGGAUCGACCAGAGUUGAACCACUCCGUUGUUGAAUUUGUUGCCCCGCAGGAGUACAUGGUCCGCCCGCCCCAGCCGCUGGUGUAUCUCUUCCUUUUCGAUGUUAGCUACGCUGCAGUCUCUACCGGUCUGCUCGCAACAAGCGCGCGUACAAUCCUCGACAGCCUAAACAGAAUACCAAACGCAGAUCGAAGAACUCGUCUUGGUUUCAUGGCCGUGGACUCGAGCUUGCACUACUUUUCUAUCCCCAAGGACGGCGAGGAAAACACCGAGACCAGCAUGCUCGUGGUCAGCGACCUGGAUGAGCCGUUCUUGCCUGUCCCCCAAGAUCUCCUGGUUCCCCUGACCGAGAGCAGAGAGAGCAUCGAAACCUUUCUCAACAAGCUCCCCGAGAUGUUUCAGAACAACCAGAACAACGGAUCGUGCAUGGGCUCGGCUCUGAGGGCUGGACACAAACUGAUCUCGCCCCUUGGUGGUAAGAUUACCGUGUUGAGUGCUUCCUUGCCCAAUUUGGGCGUUGGAAAGCUGGAGAUGAGAGAGGACAAGAAACUCCUCGGAACUUCAAAGGAAAGUAGUUUGCUUCAGACGGCAAACAGCUUCUACAAGUCCUUUGCCGUUGAGUGCUCCAAGAACCAGGUUUCGAUCGACAUGUUCCUUUUCUCCUCCCAGUACCAGGAUGUGGCAUCUCUCAGCAACUUGCCCCGCUACACUGGUGGUCAAACAUGGUUCUACCCUGGCUGGAAUGCAGGCCGUCCGGAAGACGCCAUCAAGUUUGCUCGCGAGUUCAGCGACUAUCUAUCUUCCGAGAUUGGUCUGGAGGCUGUGCUCAGAGUGCGUGCAACUACUGGAUUACGCAUGAGUACCUUUUACGGUAACUUCUUCAACCGAAGCUCUGAUCUCUGUGCAUUCCCUGCCUUCCCCCGCGACCAAUGUUACGUGGUCGAGGUUGCUAUCGACGAGACAUUGCAGAAGAACUACGUUUGUUUGCAGGCGGGUGUGCUCUACACUACAUGCAAUGGUGAGAGGCGCAUCCGUGUCAUGACCCUCGCCAUUCCUACCACCACGAACCUGGCAGAUAUCUAUGCCUCGGCAGAUCAGUGCGCCAUCACGACCUAUUUCAGCCACAAGGCGGUAGAGCGCGCGCUUAGCUCCGGACUCGACGCUGCGCGUGAUGCUCUGCAGAGCAAGUUGAUUGAGCUUCUGCAGACGUUCAAGAAAGAAAUCGGCGGUGGAGGUGCUGGUUUGCAGUUCCCUGCAAACUUGCGCGGUCUUCCUGCGCUUUUCCUGGGCUUGAUCAAGAACGUUGGUCUCAGAAGAUCAUCGCAGAUCCCGUCUGAUCUCCGAUCUGCCGCGCUCUGCCAACUGUCUACGCUCCCCCUACCGCUCCUCAUGCAGUAUAUUUACCCCAGACUUUACUCGUUACAUGACAUGCCCGACAACGCUGGAGUGCCGGACCCAGAGACUAGUCAGAUCGUGCUCCCGCCUCCUUUGAACCUCUCAUCAGAACGAUUCGUUAGCUAUGGCUUGUAUCUGAUAGAUGACGGACAGACGCAAUUCAUCUGGGUUGGUAGAGACGCUGUGCCACAACUGCUUCAAGACGUCUUUGGCGUGGCAGACAGAACACAGCUCAGAGUGGGCAAGGGAUCCAUUGCCGAACUGGACAAUGACUUCAACGAGCGGGUGCGUGCCGUCAUUCAGAAGAGCCGGGAUCACCUGUCUCGGGGUGUUGGCAGCAUCAUUGUUCCCCACCUCUACAUUGUCCGGGAGGAUGGAGAGCCUAGCCUGAAGCUAUGGGCCCAGACAUUGCUGGUGGAAGACAGGGCAGAUCAAGGCAUGAGCUUUGGCCAGUGGAUGAGCAGCUUGAGAGAAAAGGUGAGCAGUUGA